AUGAUAAUCAGUUCACUGAUAGAUCCUUCACCACUACAAUAUAAUUAUGGAGCAAAACAUCCAGAAUUAUCAACUAAUUAUUCAGAAGGAGUGAAUAUCACCCUACACGGAACUUCACAAUUUUAUGUUUAUCCAAAAUGGUCAAUUUAUUUAGGUUGGACCAUGAGUGGAAUAUCAAUUAGCAUGAUUCCAUUGGUAUUUUUCAUUGUUUUAGUUAAAAAUGGUUUUAGAAUGAAGAUUGGUGAAUUUUUCUCAAUGGGACCACUUGAUGUAUGGCCAGUCAAGAAACGGCAUCAAAUAUGUAAUCGAUAUUUCAACCGGAGAGAAGGAGACCAUGACAGGAAAUGUACUAGCAAAAUAAAUGAUAAAAAUACACAAAGUAAUCAUUAUGAAUCUUCAAGAUAG